GUUUGGAGUCUCCAGCCUCAACUCAGUGGCCUAGACCGGCGCUGUUGCAGACCCAGAGGCUACACUGCUAAACUCGCAUGAGGGAUACAGGAUUUAACCUUUGAAACAUGAUUUUUAAAAUGUGCGGUAUAUCUAAGAUGCAUUUUUUUGUUUAUUUCUAAUUAAAUGUAUUUAUUGUUAUGCAAGGAUUUAACAUACCAAAAAGAUGAUAGGAGGCUACAGCAUAAACUGGAGUGGCGAGACUUUCUCUAAAAGCGAUAUUGAGACCCAGCGAGAAGGAUUAUAAUAUAUGGAUUUCUUUUGAUUAUCUUCGUCUACCCUCCGGAUCUUGGAAUAUACACUUUGCAAGUAUGGAAGGCCGGGAUUUCUCUGCUCCAGCACACCUACUUUCAGAGCGCGGCGCUUUGGUGCAUCGGGCCGCCUCUCGGAUAUCCUCCGCCGGCCAUAGCUCUGUCCAACAUACCGGUCACUUCCCACCCGGAAAAUAUUAUCCACCCCACCUACCAGUGGCAACGCAUUCAGGCAGUGGACUGAUGGCCAACUCCUCGGCCUCCUUCAUGGGUACGUUUCUGGCCAGCAGUUUGGGCACGCCCCCAUCGCACACGCCCCACCCCUCCCGGCCUCCAUCGUCACCGUCCUCGCCUCCCUACCGCGGGGGGCCGCACUCCAGCGCCUCUCAAAUCUGGUUCCCCCACUCACACGAAGCAGCUCCAGGGUACCCUCGCUUCUCAGGGAGUCUAGCCCACACAUUCCUCCCCAUAAGCCAUUUGGAUCACCAUGCCAACAGCGGGGUUCUCUAUGGGCAGCACCGUUUCUAUGACACCCAAAAAGAGAACUUCUAUUUAAGAAGCCUUCCAUCCCAGCCCCCGCUCAUCUCAGCCAAUCACAGCAUCCCACCCAUGUCAAGGACAGGGCCUGGACACCCACAAGGUUCAUGCAGCCGAGACACAGGAAGUGGGAUGAACCUGCACAAGGGCCUGAAGGAAACUGGUAUGGACCGGGGCGUGGUCUCAGGCACAAAGGACAAGGACAGGCCCAGCAACAAGCCAGAGACAAAAGAUCGGCAUCCUCACAACCACCACACGCAGGCCCACCACCCCCACCACCACCCCCACCACCACCCGCAGCACCACCCGCAGCACCCGGUCACCAUGGAGGAUGUGAACAGCCGGGCCCUGGAGAGACACAAAUCUGCCCUGCUUAUGGAGUACAAGGAUCACUCACAGGGUGUAAGCAAGCCUCUCAGUGCCUGUCUGAUCAACGGGAAGAUGCAGAACGGGGAUACGGGGAUCGGGACUGGGGGUGGGGCUGUGACCAAGGCUCCUAUGGUCAGCUGCGGAGGGGAGGGCAUAGGCAGGGUCGUGGGAGGCGUGGCCGCUCUGCAGGCCGGCCACGUUGGCACUGGGCGCUGCAAUAAAGAAGCGGUAAGUGGAGAGAUGCGGAUCAGCGAGCAGCCUCCUCCAGACUGCCUGGAGCGGGGACAGGCACUUCACCAGUCCCUGCCCUACUCCGUACCCCCGCCUCUGGCCAUGGGCUCGGCCACUGGCGGUGGGCAUCCAGGGGGCUUCCACUGUCUGCAGCUCCACCCUAGUCAUCCGCAUCACGCGCACCACUCCCACCACCCACACCAUGCCCACCACCCUCACCAUCACCCAGACUUCUUCUGCCCCCCUCCUCCUGCCCCUGUAGCCAACCCCUCUUUACAUGAGAAAGGGGUUGGCAGUGGUGGCGCACGAGAGGCCAAAGUGACCGGACCCACCUUUGUACCAUCAGUGGGUCACCUGGGGGAGAAAACCGGUGGCCCCUUCCAGCUGGCAAACCCUGAGUGCCAGGCUGUGGGAGGUGGGGGAAGCAGCGCCAAAGACAAGGUCACGGAGAAGGCGAACAGCGGGGGCGGGGGCCAUCCGGGGAACUGGCACAGGAAGCAGCCGGACCAGCAGCAGCCUCCUCCCCAAAAACAGCAUCCCUACCGCAAGGCAGAAAAGGCCCCAGACUGGAUGCACAGUGGUCACCCCCACCUGCAGCCGCAAGUCCAGGGUGAGCGCUCACGGAGCGCAGACUGUCUCAGCACCAUGGACCCUGACAUCUACAGACCUGCCCUGGCCCAGGAGCCCAAAACUGGCCAUCCACUAACCCACCCUAAUAACGUCAACCCCCAGCCCUAUAGGGACUGCUCACACCCUGGCCCUCCCCCCAACUCCUCUCCGCUGGCUGGGAAGACCCUUGCCCAGCAGGGCUCCGGGGGAGGCGGAGGGAGCUGCUCCAUGCAGCGAGAUGGCCAGAAGGUGGCCCGCAUCCGUCACCAGCAGCAUGGCAGGGCGGCCUCGGACGGCCCCCCCGUGGAGCUGGGUCCGACCAACGGCAGCCAGGAGAUGAAGAGAAAGAUGGAAAUGUCUCCCUAUGGCUACGGCAACAGCGGGCAGCACCAUUCGCAGCAGCAGCCAGUGCCAGCGUGGGCAAUGCGCCCCCACCACGGCCACCCAGAGGAAGACCAGCGCAAGGCCUACAUGGAGGCUGUGGGUGGGCUGGUGGGUGGAGCAGGCAGCGGCAGGUCGCAGCCCCAGCAACACCAGUCGUCAGGGAUGUGCGCCCCGCCCGCUCCGUCAGCCCCUGCUGCACAGAGCCAGCAGGAGGCUCUGGGCCUGCAGGGGGACGGCGGCGCUAUGAAGAACCUUCUCAAAUACAGCAACCAGCAGCCUCUCAUACUUUCCCAGAAAAGUCCCUUCGGGGGACUCGGGAGCCUCAAAACAGGGCCCAAUGGCGCCAGCUGCGCCUUGCAAGCCGGCAAGACGGCUUUGCCCUCGAGGAAAGGUCUGGCCAAUGAGGGCGAGCGGCCUGACUGCGGGGGACGCAAUAGGGAAAUGGGGGAGGCACCUCAUGGAGAAGGGGAGGUGCGGCAGCCUCCCGUGGGUAUCGCAGUUGCCGUGGCGCGGCAGAGGGAACCCACGUGCCGACCAAUGGACAACCACCCGAGCAGCCGCCACGGGCGGGUCCUCUCUGCCAUGAAAGGUGCUUCACGGCCUGUGUAUCCCAUAGACUCGCCCGGAGAGGAUGAGAGGAAGCGAGUGAGUGGGGAGCACCUGGCUCACCCAUGCCUGGGCAGGGAGCGAGACACACUCAUCAGGGACAACAAGGAAAGAGCAGAACUGGCACGGAUCCAUCCCUCCAACAGUUGCCAUGGUGACCUCACCUCUCAUCUCAUGGUCCCGGGUGGCACUUCCCUGCAGUCAGCCCAGCUGGGGGACCCUUCUGCACAUGCCCACUCUACGCACCACCAUUGGAUGCCGCGCACAGGAAGUCCCUCCCUCUGGAUGACAGGCCAUUCCUAUGGAAUCAGCCACUCUGCCCUCCACCAGAAUCUACCCCCUGGUUUCUCGGCAGCCAUGCCAGCUCCCCUCCAGCCGGUGCUGCCCUUACCCCAGGACCCAUCAGCCCAGCUGGUGGUUCUGCCCACAGAGCCCGCCACCCACCCGGCCACCCAUCACAUAGAUGUGAUGGAUCAGCCUGGUCUCUGGCCCCCGGUGUACAGAGCCCGAGGGCCACCCUCACACAUACAACAUCCUGCUGUAUACUCUCGCUCUCAGUUUCUACGGCAACAGGAGCUGUAUGCACUCCAGCAGCAUCAGCAAUUACAGCAUCAACAGCACCCAAGAACCCAGCACAGGGGCACACACACACACAACCAGAUGCAGAAGAAGCCAGAGGAGCAGAACAUGGAACUAGAGGACAUCCUGUCCGAGCCCAGGACUCCCAAACCGGCCAAGUCCUAUGCCUAUGGCCAGUCGGCUCAAGCCUCCUCGCCCCCCAGGGCCUCUACUGCACAUCUGUCUCCCUGCUGCCAGUCUCCCUGCAUGCGCCCUCAUGCCAGAAGCACGCCCUCCACUCCCUGCCCUGCCCAGAGCCCAGCUGCCACCGCACCACGAUCCCCCGCCAUCAGCCCUGCCCCGUCCUUGUUGCCCAAGGCAAUGGAAUCCCAAGACAAGAGGACAGAGGGUCAGCCCCCACAGAACUACCCCCAGUCAAUGGAACCAGAUCUCCCACCAGGCUAUACCUACCCAGCAAUCGCCAUGGGGUACAGGAAUGGGCCCACCCCUCAAGACAUGCAGUUGGCCGAGCCGGCUGAGCUGGAGGCCAUUCCUGUGGUGCCCGUCGAGCAUACCCCUGCCCCUCUGUCCAGCCUUGGGGAGGGGCUUGAGUGCCACGCAAUAGUAAGGCCCAUCCCAGAGUCCCAGCUACCAAUGGAAGGGAAGAACGAGGAAGAGCUGCGGGAGGAGCCGGGAGGAGACAUGCUGCAGCAGGAGGUGGAGGCGGGGCCAGUGGAGGCUGUGGGUUGCUGCGUGUCUGUGGAGGCGGAGCAAGUGCAGGCUCAGGCAUCCUUGCACACCUGCCCCCCUGCAGAGAUCUCCGCCCACAAAACGGCACAUUGCCCCAUUGUUCAUGGCGAGGAGCAAGCCCUGGAGGGUGACUCUACGAUCACCUGCGGGGCGCAGGCGAGUGGGGUCCUUCCAGAUCGAGACAACGAAGGGCAGUCUGAGCUGGAAUCCCAGGGGACCCAGAAGUUACCAGAUCCGGAGCAUCCGUGCAUCUCAGCCAGUCCAGCAGCCCUCCAGCAAAAUGCUUCCAGUAAGGAGGACGUGGAGAAGAUGUCCAAGGAGCCUCUGGCAGACGAUCAUUCGCAGAAGCCAUCCGCCCCUCCGUCUUUGCCCUGCGCCACUCCCUGCCCUCAGCCCCCUGUGCCGAGCUACUGGAGCCUGGAGCUCCUGAUCGCCGCAGCAUUCUGUGGAGAUGCCCCUCCCCCGUCCCCGCCCCCCUCAACCCCUCCACGGGGCUGCAGCGGGACGUUCUACCCCAGCACACAUGGCAUGGAACUCCUCAGCGAGCUGGCAGAACUGGAGCUCCAGCAGAACCGCCACAGAGCGACCAGUGGCGAAGGAGAGGAGCAUCUGAUAUUUGAUCUCCAGAGCCUGGCCAUUCUGGCCGCCGCCCGGGCGCUGGAGUCGAGCCCCGCAGCCGACGGCACGGCUGAUGCCGAGAAGCAACAUCCAGCGAGGACCCUCAACCUGCGGCGUAAAUGCAACUGGACCCCUCGCCAUGAGCCGGUCUGUCCUGUGAAGGGCUCCAUGGAUGCCAUAGAUGGACAGGAGCUGGCCAUGCGUGUACAGCUCGCCGAAUUGCAACGGCGGUACAAGGAGAAACAAAAGGAGCUGGCCAAGCUCCAAAGGAAGCACGACCACCAGAAAGAGGAAACUCCCCGUAGUCCUGUGCGUCGGGGCCCCGGACGACCGCGCAAGCGGAAAUCGACUCCAGGCCUAGGGCUUGUCACCCCUCCAGAGCCCCAGAAGAAAGUCAAGCCUGCGGGGGCAGCGUCAAGCCUGCUGGCAGACGAAUCAGGAGCCGGAGCAGGGGGAGGAGGAGGAGGAGGAGGAAGCAUGGAUUCAGCAAAGAGGAGGAAGCUGUCAAACCGGGGCUUCAGCCGUCUCGGAGCUGUGCAGAUGAAGAUGCAGUGCUGUCAAAAGGACGGCCUUCAUGAGCACAACGUGGCCCAGCUGAAGCACAAACCCCCAGGAGGCAGGGCCCUGUCCGUGGCUGCCAUGCGAGACCGAGACACUUUGGCCCCCAGCCACCUCUACGACCCCCAGCGGAGUCCCAGAGCGGAGGUCCGGCUCCCCACUGCAAUGGCCAAUGAGUCGGAAGGCCAGAGCGACACAGGCAGUGGCGACAGCGGUGCUCAGGGCGGCUGGAAGACACGUGGGGAGAUAAUGAUGAGGAGGGGAAAGAGGAAGAGUGCGGCAGCCCGCCCGCAGCAGCCCGGGGCCCGGGGGGUGCGGGCAAGGGGGCGGGAUGUGCUGGAGGACGGGGAGACGUCAGCAGAUGAGAGUGCUUCCUCUGAGCAAGAAGACGAGGAAGAAGAGGGAAGUUACCACAGCGACGAAAUCCCUGCGAUCAAAGCCCCGCCCAGUAGAGAACUCCCAUCCAGCUCCAUUAUAAAAGACCCCUCCCCCUCCUCUGUUGUCAAACUGGAAGCCAAUCAGAAGGCAAGAAAUAAGAGAGAGCGGCAGGAACUCUACGGCUCCCGUUUUCCCUCCAUCACCGAUGGCGACGUGAAGGUGAAGAGGAGGGCCCCCAGCAGGCCGACACCCGUCACCACAGCCGAGCCCCCGGGGGUGAGGAGGAGACCGGGUCGGCCCAGGCUGCAGGAGAAGCCGUGGUUGGGCUGCUACCACAAGCCAGCGGGUCUCCUCCCCUUCCCCACCUCCAGCGAGAGGCUGAGGAGAGCCACACGCAAGAGCUCCAUGCUGAGAAGGACCGUCGGCAAGAGGAGAAGCUACUGGUCAACUAUGGCCCAGUCCCCACAGAGCGAUGACAAUGAGUGUAAAAGGAGGACCAGAUUCAGACAGUCUAAAGGCAGGGCAGUCAGCCGUCUUCUGGAAAGCUUUGCUGAAAAUGAUGGCUUCCAGCUGGGUGAAGACAGCAGUUUCUCCGAUGAGGAGGAAGACAGCAACUCUUCAUCACGCUCCAAAAAUCCUCCAUCUCCUCCGAACUGUGUACUUACCAAAGAGCUGCUGGUAGAUGGGCUCAAAGUUCUCAUCAGCAAAGAGGAUGAACUUCUCUACGCUGCCCGAGUGAGAGCUCUGGAUGUGCCUGACCUCUACAGUAUUGUUAUCGACGGAGAGCGAGGAAACCGCCCCAGAAUCUACUCUUUGGAGCAGCUUCUGCAGGAAGCGGUUUUGGAUGUGCGACCUGAGACAGAGGCAGUGCUGACCGAGGCGACGAGAGUGUGUGCCUACUGGAGUGAGCGCUCGCGAUGUCUUUAUCCAGGCUAUGUCCGUAGGGGGGGCACCAGUGAUGAGGGCAAACCAGGUACGGUGAUGGUGGAGUUUGAUGAUGGAGACCGAGGGCGGAUCUCGCUCCACAAUAUUCGUCUUCUUCCACCAGGCUACCAAGUUCACUGCAUUGACUCCAGCCCUACUGUGGUCUCCACUGCUCAGUCGGACAAAGUGGUUUCAUGUCAUGAAAGGAGGAGCUCACAUAUCGAUAAACCUUCUGAGAAACCAGCCAGUCCAGAGGAAGCCAAAGCUCAAGAGAAGCCUGCGAGAAGACCAGGGAGACCAAAGGGUUCAGGGCUCAAGAGGUUAAUCUCAGACGGUGUCACCAAGAGUCCAGCUUCGCCACUUGCCUGGCCAUCAUUAGCUGAAAGGAAGAGAGUGCCCAUCAGUCUGUUUCAGUUUAAUGGCUUAUCCUCCAAGAAGGCCUCGAGGAACCGAGAGGUAGACAUCUUUCCUCAUGCUCCAGUCUCCAUGACAACACCAGCCAAAGGAAUCUUCAGUAGCAGCUCCUUCGAGGUGGACUCAUUCAGUAGCAUUGCUAAUGGUUACUCGUCCUUCUGUGGCCAUGCCGCUGGGACACCAGCAGGGGGCCGGAGCAGCCCCUAUGGGCAGAGGAAGAGGUCCGCAGACUCAGACACGACUCAGGCAAGGAAGAACGAGUUCUUGGUCAAGCUGGAUCAUGAGGGAGUGACAUCACCAAAGAACAAGAGCAGCAAGGCACUACAGUUGCUAGGUGGGUCAGGGUUCGGCUCUAGGGUACUGCCUGGUGUCCCACCCAGACCUGAAGUCUACACUCACCCCGCCCUGCUGGUGAAAGACAACAGGAAGGGUGACAGCUCACGGGCAGAGCUCCUUCCUGUCCAGAGAAAGCAGUCGCCGUCGCUGCGAAUGAGUGAGUGUGGAGAACUGGGUCUCAGCUGUCACAGGGACUGCCACAGCUCCUACUCAGACAUGGAUGAGGAGGAGGAAGAGGAAGAGGAGAGAAGGAGGGGAGGUGGCUCGGCACUGGCAUCGGCCUCGGGUGGGUUGAGGACAGCUGGUCAUUUCCUCUCACGCCUGUCAGUGUCCUCAUCGUCCUCAGGGUCAUCUAGUACCUCCAGCUCUGGCUCCAUUUCCAGCUCCAGCCUCUGCUCCUCAGACAAUGACUCCUCCUACAGUUCAGAGGAUGAAGAAAACUCCACGCUGGUCCUGCAGAGCUGCCUCACCCCCCAUCACUCCCUCCUGCAGUCCCCAAAAGCCCCCACCACACCACAGCACUCAUUUGUUGCCAAAGCUGUAGCCGUAUCCAAUGCCAAAGGUGGGAACGCUGUAUCCAGCGCCAAAGGUGGGAACACUGUAUGCAACGCCAAAGGUGGCAUCGCUGUGGCCAUAUCCAACACCAAAGGUGGGAACGCUGUGGCUGUAUCCAGCACCAAAGGUGGUAACAUUGUGGCCGUAUCCAGCGCCAAAGGUGGGAGUGCUAGCAGCAAGCCCCUGAAGAGGAAGGAAUGCCCAAGUUCACCUUCCAAACCCUCCAGGGACCUGGCCAAGAGACAGAGGCUGGCACUGGAACAAGGCAAACCCAAACUGUCCCCCUUCCUGCCAGCCAGACAACUCUGGAGGUGGUGCGGGACCCCCACCCAGAGACGUGGGCUGAAAGGGAAAGCUCGUAAGCUCUUCUACAGGGCCAUAGUCCGAGGCAGAGACACGCUGUGUGUAGGAGACUGUGCUGUGUUCCUGGCAGCUGGCCGUGCCCACCUGCCCUACAUCGGUCGCAUCGAGAGCUUCUGGGAGUCGUGGAGCUGCACCAUGGUGGUGAAGGUCAAGUGGUUUUACCAUCCAGAGGAGACCAAGCAAGGCAAGAGGCAUCACGAGGGAAAGCACGCCUUGUAUCAGUCGUGUCAUGAGGACGAGAACGACGUGCAGACAAUCUCUCAUAAGUGCCAGGUGGUGAGCCGUGAGGAAUACGAACACCUGAGGCGUCACAGGAACCCUGGCAGCAGUCUUCAGGACCUGUACUAUCUGGCCGGCACCUACGACCCCACAAGCGGCCAGCUGCUCACAGCAGACGGGGUAUCCAUCCUCUGCUAGCUCUGGAACUUUGCUAGCUUCGCUAGCUCCAAUGCCAGCAAGAUCUUGAAGGAUCAUAAACAUGAUUACGCCAUUUCGGCGUAGGAGCAGGCCGCAGUCUCCUAGGCCCAGGCUCCCUCUGCACCUGGUCUCCCAAAGGCAGGCAGUGUGCCCAAGGUUUACGUUCUCUACGGAGGACGAGCAUGUUUGAUCUUACAGCUUACAGUUUAAUAUUGUGAGAAGCUGCAUUCUAUUUAUGGUCACCAAAGCAGAACUCUCUCUGAGUUCAGUGAAGAUGACUGCUGAGCACGACUCCGAAACAACGGAGACAGAGAUGGUGUGGUGGGCUGUCCGCACACCAUUGUCACGAUUCCAGGGAUAUUUAAGUACAUGAUAGAUUUAAAAAUAUUAAGUUCAUGUAUAUGUAUAUUAGGAAUUAUUUCCUAUCAAGCCAUACACUUCAGUACCUCUUGCCUGGCUUCUUAUUCGGGUGUACACUGUACAGGUUGCUCGUGUGAUCAGCUCUUUUGUUGUUAUUUUUGCCAUUGUUGUCUAUAUGUACAUACAAAGUUAUUUUCUAUGUGUAAUGUACAGUACCUAAGAGGCUUAUCGUCCCGUGCUUCAACUGAUUUAUUUUUCUACGACUGAUGUACAGCACCAGAAGAGGAGAACUGAAGAUGCAUUGCACUGCACAUUACCUGCUGAGGCAGAAAGAGAAGAGACUAUCUGAGUUUCAGUCGUUACGCCUGCCCUUUGGGUGUCGUUCUGCUUCUUCGGUUUUGCUCAUCCCUUUACUUUCAGGCCCCUUGACUUCUCCUACCCAUUUUAAAAGCCUUUAAUAAUAUGAAAGAAGAUGCAUCAAAUUAAUGUCUGAAAAUAUAUUAUUUAAAUCACCAGUGAGAGAUUAGGACAGAAAUGUAGGGAAGAAAAUUUACAUGAAGAAUGAGAGGGACUGAAAAGAUGUAGUUAACAGGGCAUGCUGAAGGAUGUGCUAAACAUUAGCACUGCGUGCCCAUCUUCAAUCAGCUUGUCUCUAAACAUCUUGCACUAUCUGUGUCAUGUUUUGCUUUGUGACAAUGCCCCCCCCAUCUCUCCACCCAUCGGUGAAUGGUAGCGUCCCGUUUAGGGAGACAGUCUUGCCAAGGCCGAGGCAGUGAGAAACAAAGAAAUGUCUCUGCACCAAGCUCAGAGCGAGCUCUUCAAGAAGCAGCUUAGGCGUGAGUUCUUCACGAGGCGCCGGGGCAUUCUUGCGCUCACGCACCAGCCUCUAGGGACAAUCAGCAGAGAACAAGCAUGGACUGCAAGUCAGGCUCACGCAAUCACAACAUCCCUUCUGUCCUUUUGUGCCAAAAAAAAAAAAAAUUGUCUUUCUGAUUAUGCAAUCUUCACUGUGUUCUAUGAGUAUAAUUAUUUGUGUUUGUUUUUUUGUCAUCUAUUUAUUGUCAGUGUUGCUGUUUCAUCGCAAAACCAAUAGAUUCAAAUGAAAAUGUGAUUACGCUUAUUUUGUUCCUGUGAAUUGUAUUGGGACUGUUUGACCCAAGUGCAAUGGUCUAGCAGAGAGUGGUUGUACGGAAAGAACACUGGACUUGUUUGUGCUGGUAUGGUAUGUGCCUUGAAGUAUCAUUUAGAACUUCGCUUUCUGACCUCCCAUUAACUUCUGUGAUCCUGUGGGAGGAAGUGACAUCAUUCAGUGACCUCCCUCAUUGGAUGAGCACUCACCCGUAUCCUUUGCGCUUUACAAAUGGACACUGCGAACAUCUUACCCACCAUGCUCAGCCUACUCAUUCCUCUCCCAUGAAAACCUGAAGGAAAUGCGUACGUGUGAUGAUAGCAAGCUUCCCGCCGAAAGGUUGCAAGUCUCCAACCUCAAUUCAUUUUGGUGACUCUUUCCCCUUCAGAAUCACAUGCAAGAAUCCACACGAAGUAAUUAACUAAGUAUAUUUGAACUUGACAUAAGGCUCUGGAAUUAUUUAUGAAACUCUUCGUGUAGACCACACAUUCGGGGUUGGAAAAAACAAUGUAUGUGUGUGCGUGUAUGUGGGUGUGUGUGUUUCUCUUUGCAAUUUCAACUUUGUUUUUACUGUCUUGAUAAAGGAGGACACUGGCGUAAUAUGAAUGUAAUUGUGUAGUAUAGGUUAAGCACGGCCUGUCUAAAAGACAACAUUGAUCUUAUAUCAGGAAGUCAAAGACCUUUUAGUUAUAAUGUCUCCCUGAGCUAAUGAGAUGCUAAAAACGUGAUUACUGCUCUAUAGUGUCUCCGUUUCAAAGAAUAGAAAUUAGCAGUAUUCAAACUGAUCUGAUAGGUUGGUCAAUUGUUGUUAUUUAAGAGCAGACCUGCCCAUGGCAAAACGUGCAAUACUACUUUGACUUAACAUUUGAAUGGAGUUCAGAUAUUCGUGGAGCUUCCAGCAAAGGCUGAUGGGUAAAGGGAAAUGAUAGGAAGGACGCAGGAACGUCUGUCCUAUAAAGCCGCUUUCUUUACAACUUUACAACUUGUAUAUGAAAACGGACAUCAGAUUUGUGCUUCAUAUUCUGCCUGUCAUUGAAUUUCUCUGUUAAUACUGAUAAUGUUUUAACAUUGAUGAUGGAAUCAAAAAUAACGAUAUUCUUUAUGGCUGUUCAUUUUGUUAUUUUUUUGUUGUUUUGUUUUGUUUUUCUGUGCUGAAAAUUGUUGUAAAGAUUGUAAAUGUGUAAAGCAAGGUCUGGUUUUGGGGGUAAACAUUUUACAAAAGAACACUUUAUGAGUAUCAAACUGUAAACGUGCUUUAGUAUUAAGAUUUUUUUAUAGAGGGCCUAUGAAUAAAUAACAUGCUCAAA